AUGGCUACCCAUGCACGGCGCGCUUGCGCUUCCGGGAGCGCCAGCUCCUCGACCUCGUCUGUCGACCCUCUUCCGUCCUCGAAUGCUUUGUCCGCUACUGAACGUUCUGCCAUCUGCUUGCUUCCCCAAGGCGAGUACGACCCGUGGGAGUACAACGCCAACGUUCUCGAGGCGGCCGCAGGUGACGGCGGAAGCAUCAAGUGGGGCGAGUUGUCGAACGCUCCGUACCUCAGGAAGGGUCCUGGCAAGCUCGUGAGGUGGUGCACGCUCGCCGGCGCAUCGACUGGCAGGCUCGAGUCGUGCCACCUCGUCCCGGCCGAGCAUGGCGAGACCAUCAUCAAGGGCCUCGUCGAGGGUAACGCCGUUCCUGCGGGAAUGCGCCACGAGGCGCCCGCGAAUCGCUUCCCGCUACGCCACGAGUUCCAUCGAGCUCUGGAUCACGGCGCACUUCACCUGCUCCCGACUGUCGACGACGUGCUUGCUCGUUUGGCCGGCGAAGUCAUGUAUUACGAGCAACGCAAAGCCGCCGACCCUGCGAAACUUCACCAACUUGUCAAGCUGGACCCUCGUCUACGCGCGAGAUCGCACAACACGCCGUCGCAGCCCUUUCUCCUAGCCCGCACCGCGAACGACUUGACCGAGAAUGCGUCUAGCAACAACCUCGCCCUUCUCCCGCCGAUCGAGAUCUUGUGCUCCCUCAACCUCCUCAUCGCCGGCAUGAACGGCAGGCUGGCGCAGUCCGAGCCCGUUCCUCUUGCGGUCGUCGAGGAGAGUGAGACGCUCGCUCUCUUCGCCCACCUCCUCUACCGCAUCUGGCACCUUCGUGAGGGGGACGAGUCGCACAUGGACAGCAUCGUCCGAAAUGUUCAGCACCUCGUCUCGGCUCUUCUUCCCGACCAUCCCCUCGCUCCAUACCUCCUGCAUCCGACCGACCACUCGAUCGACACGCUUCCCCUCCUCCCGCAGCCGAACAACACACUCCGCUCUUCGUCGCAUCUCACGGACCCGGCGCAAAGACUCGCACCUGUCGGCGUCGCUGCUGAGACGCAGUCGGUCUCGUCGGACGAGUUGUUGAGCGAGCAGGACCCUGCACUCGGUCUCAUCGUCGGAACAGAUGUCGAGCGAGCAGGGCGGGUACGGCGGCAGCACCGCAAUUGGCAAGGAAGGUGA